AUGACAGAUGCUCAGUAUUCUCCAUUAACUGCUGCGCUUGUCCGGACUCUGUCCGAUAAACUGUACGAGAAAAGAAAAACUGCCGCUAUGGAUAUUGAAAAGCUUGUUCGUGACUUGGUUCAAACGAACCAGCUUUCUCAGCUUGAAAAGCUCUUAUCCGUGUUAAAAAGUUUAACUUUAUCGCAAAACAGGAAUACCAAAAAGGGAGGUUUGCUGGGUCUUGCUGCUGCAGCUGUUGUUCUUGGGAAAGGUAUAGCUGAUUAUACCGCUCCGUUAAUUGAGCCCGUUCUUCCAUGUUUUAGCGACCAAGACUCGCAAGUUCGGUAUCACGCGUGUGAAUCGCUGUACAAUAUAGUUAAAGUAUGCAGAACUUCUGCGUUGAGCCACUUUAACGUCCUUUUCGAUGUUUUAUGGAAGCUGUCGGCAGAUUCUGAUGUUAAUGUAAGAAGCGGAGCCGAGGUAUUAGAUAGAUUAUUGAAGGUAAAUUUAGAUCAGUGUUUAAAUGAUAUUGUGAUUGGUGCCGGUUCCUUUGAUGUCUCCCAAAUUAUGGUACUAAUACGGGAAAGAAUUUAUUCACAGAAUAGUUCUAAUCGCAGAUUUAUUGUUUCUUGGUUGUCUGCUUUGCUUACUGCGCCUGAAAUCUCAAUUUUGGAGUAUAUACCGGAAGUUUUGGAUGGUGUUUUUCAAAUGCUCGGCGACCCUCAACCUGGUUUACGCGACGCUACUGAAGCUGUUCUAGGACAGUUUCUAGAAAGUAUUAGUAGUGCUGAUGAAAAAGACAAUGUGGAGCUUGGGACGAUGGUUAAUGUUUUAAUUUUACACAUCUGUAAUGUAAGCAAUGAAAUUGAGAGGAAAAUUGCUUUAUUAUGGUUAGCUCAAUUUCUUCAAAUGCGUUCUACACAAUUACUUCCAUAUUUGUCUGGGUACCUGACUGCAGUUUUACCGUAUUUGGACGACCCUGAGUUGAAAGCGAAUGAUAUCAAUAAAGUCCUGUUGGACUUAUACACAGAGGACACUGAAAUUGAAUUAGAAGCUGUUAUUGAAGUGCUUUUAAAACAUCAAAAGCAUGCCAAACGUGAAACUAGAAUAGCUGUGCUGAGAUGGUUAAAACAUAUCCACACGAAAGCGUCCUCAAAGCUUUCCCCAUAUAUGGAUAAGAUUUUUCCUCUGCUUUUUUCUAUGCUGCUUGAUAGCUGCGAUGAUGUUCUUUUACUUGACUUGCAAAUCUUAUGUGACAUUUGUGACAAAGACAAUCCAGAACUUGCAAAUUUCGAGGCGCCAUACCUUAAUGAUUUGAUGAAAAAACAGCUUGUAGGUAUUUCGCCACAUUUAGUACGCUUUGCUGUUAGUUUGCUCACUAUGUUCCGUAAGGAUGCCCAGCUGUUGGACGAUCGAGGUGUUUUAAUUAUACGGCAGUUGUGUCUGUUGCUUGAUCCCACCCAUGUAUUUCGGUGCCUCUCAGUGUUGUUACUUCAUGAAGAUAAUGUACAAUUUCUUACCCAGAUGAUUUCAAUUUUGAACGGUAUUCUGUUUACUGCGACUGAGCUGUACGAAAUGCGAAUUAAUUUGAAAUAUCUGAACACAGCAGAAAGUGCCAGCCUAUUCGAAUGCUUGUAUCGUUGCUGGUGUCAUCAGCCUAUCGCAUUAUUAGGUUUAUGUAUAAUGUCACAGAAGUAUAAGCAUGCUAGUGAUUUGGCGAAGUGUUUAUCGAAAGUUAACAUUACUGUUGAUGUUCUAGUGGAAAUUGACAAGCUGGUGCAGCUUAUUGAGAGUCCAAUUUUAGCAUGUUUGGCUUAA